UCCGUUUGCUGGCUGCAUUCUCGAUUCGUCUGCGGUCUAGUCGCGUUGUCGGUUUUUCUUUGCGUACGUCCGGUGAUGAGAAAAGCGGAUAUCCAUCUCUAGGCUAGCCAGCACCUUUUCCAAGCAGCAAAUCUGCCGGGGGUUGGUAUUGCUGACAACCGUGUUGACUCGCGUGAAGUGAAAAAUUAUUGUUACUGGAAAUCGACGGAACCAGUGUAUGUUUUCAGGGGGUGUGUGAUUCGAAAAUUGAAACUGAAAAUCCGUCAAGGGCAUGACGUUGCCGUUUGUGUAGAUGAAAAACGGUGAUCCGAGAUCAAGUUUGUGAGAAGUUCCAAAAUGGCAACAAGAAAAAAUUUUGGAAAUAAAACUGCUGCUUUCUAAAUUGAGUGUUGUGUUAUUUCUUGAAACGUUGUAUUGCGUUGCAAACCAUCGAUGUUAACUGAUAGUACAAGCAGUCUUCAAAUGCGGUAAUGAUCCAUUGAAAAGAAUAAAAAUCUAGAGUGUUGUGCAAAUUGAGCUCCUCCCUGGGGGAAAAUAUCGUCUGUGGUUCCAAAAAAUUGCGGCCAUCUUUCCUCUCUCUCUGCGACUGGUGCUUCGUGCUCUCCUUUGCGUACGUGUGCAUUGGGGGAAGCAUUUUCUGCUAGACCGAGUUCGGCUCCGGCAUUGCUGAGCUGAGCACGGAGCAUUUGGCUGGCGUAGUAGUUGUGCACAAGCCUUCUGCGAUCCGUCAACAAGCUAGCAACGUAUCGGGGUGUGUGUGUUUUGGUGGGUUAUGCACACGUGUGUAUAGAAGUGUUUGUGUGUGUGGUGCGAUUCUGUGGGGUGGAAAAAUUUUCCAACAAUCCAAAAUCGGAAGUGAAAGUACCAUCAGAAGCAACAACAUCGGCAGCAGUAAUAUCAAGGAUAUACAAACAAAAGGCUCGACUAAUCUUCAAGGUCGUCCGAAGUUUUGCAAGAGUUUGGUUUUCUCAGCAUCUCAGCUAUUAAAGCUUUUUGUGCAUCCAUAGAAAAAAACACAAGUUACCAAAACCGUUCGGAUUACUGAGCACGAAACGGAACUAUAGGUAUCCAAAAUGUCGUCGACACAGUCAACGUCGACGGCUCCCAUGGCUCCCGUUCCGGCUGCUACUACUCCGGGGUCGGCAAGCACUACACCGGGUGGAUCGACCAGCAUGGAAACGGACGAUCUGGUUGAUCCGAUGAAUGAUUUCCUGCCGCUGUUGCCGGAAAACAUCAAACAGGAACUGUUUGAAAACUCUGACAAGACUACUAGUAGCACAGCCAAUCCGUGCGACAGUGCCGAAAACAAGGGCGAUGCUCCGGAAACGAACGCCACGACUGACACCCCGGCCCAGACCAAGUGCGUCUGGUGCCAGCAGAUCCUGACCACGACCGACCACCCGAAGCUGCUGGAAUGUUUGCACGUGGCCUGUGGGCCCUGCGUGAAGCAAAAGUUCUCGGACAUCUCGCACAACAGCCCGGUUCUGGUGUGUCCGGUGUGCAAAAUGGACUCCCGGAUGGAGUUUAUCAUCGACAACGUGUUCCUCAGCGAAAACACGGCAGACGACAAUCCGGGCAGCGUCGAGUCGACCAAGGAUAUGAUCAAAUGUAGCAGCUGCAGCGACGACGCCAUCGCCACGUCCUGGUGCGUCGAGUGCGCCGAGUUCAUCUGUGAUAGCUGUGUCCAGGCACAUCAGCGGCUUAAAAUUACCAAGGAGCACACGAUCAAACCGAAGGAGGCGGCCAACAUCGAGGUCCCCGGCAACAGUGGCCUGUCCGGAAAAAGCAUAAUGUGUCACAUACACUCACAGGAAAAACUAUCCCUAUACUGUGAAACGUGCGACCGGCUAACCUGUCGGGACUGCCAGCUGGUGGACCACCGGGAUCACAAGUACAAGUUCGCCAACGAGAUCGCGAGCGAAACCCGGAACUCGCUGCAGGCACUUCUCAGUGAAAUCAGCUACAAAAAGGUGCUGCUAUCCAGUGCGAUGAAGGUGAUCGACGACCGGCAGGCCCUGAUCACCGAGAAGAAGAAGGAGUUGUCCAAAGAGAUUGCCGACCUUGUGGUCAAGCUAACCAACGCCGUAAACAUGCGCGGCAAACAGCUGGUGUACCGGUUGAAUCAGGUAUGCGACACCAAACUACAAGUACUGAACGAAAAGAAGGAAGCGCUACAGCUUCUUUCCGGACACACCGAUCACUGCAUAGAAUUCGUGCAGUGCGCCUUGGACAAGGGCAGUGAUAGUGCUGUGUUAUACAGUAAAAAGACCCUUGCCAGGCAUCUCCAGAAGGUGAAAUGCCAGCGGGCGGAUAUUCCGAAUCCAGAAAUACCUGUCCGGGUACAGUUGUUCCUGUCGAACGUUCCGGAACUGCAGAACGUGAUCGCACGUAUCGGAACAAUCCUGGUAGAUGGAAAAGUGUACCCACCACCUCCAACGGGACCACCAGGAGGCAACGUUCCACCAGGUCCGACACCUGUACAGAACCGUUCAAAACAACCUAGUCCAAACAUUACGCCACCCCUUCGCCCUGGAAUGCCGGGACCAGGAAUGCCACAAAUGCCCCCAAACAACGCCAAUGGCCCGGGUGGAUUUCCCAAUGUCCCACCAAUGUACAACAGCAAUGGAGCGGUACCAGUGGGAGGACCCUUUCCUCCAAAUCAUCCUAUGGGACGCUCAUUUUCCCAGGAAAAUGGACCCGGAGGAGGCUUCGGGAGAUUUCCAAUGGGACCUCCUCAUGGCAUGCCUCCCCAACAGCAUGUCAGCUCCUCGACACAUCCUCAAAAUAUGGACUUACGUAAUCUGUUGAAUCAUCAAAAACCGAGCGGUCCAAACCGCGGUUCGCCAAAUGCCCCAAGCUCGACCGGAAAUGCUAAUGUUAAUAAUCAAUUUAACACAGCUAACUUUAUGGGCAAUGUGCCACCUGGUUCGGGUGGCCCUGGGCAGCAUCGGAUGGGCGGUCAAAUGGGAGGCCCUCCGCCUGGCUAUCUUGCGGGUCCUGGAGCCGGUCAUCAGAACUACAACCAUGGUCAACCGGGCGCCAACAGCAACGGAAUGGGCAUGGGAGGCAACAAUCCUCGCUUCCAGAAUUUCCAAAGAUUCGCAAUGCCCCCGGCUGCCCUGCGUCAGAUGAUGGGAAAUAAUACCUCAACUCUUCUCACACCAAAGCAGCAGGCGGCAGCUAUGCGAUAUCCUGGCCAGCAGACUCCUCCAGGAUACAACCCGAAUUCACCACAACCGGGACAAAUGCAACCUCAACACCCUGGAGCCUCAAAUCCGGCUGCUAGCUCCAGCAGUAGUGGGGGCGCCAAAUGGCAUAUUCCUCAAAACAUGCAAGGUCAACAAAAUAACGGUUUUGGUGGUCCAUCUGGUCUGCAUCUUUUCGGCAACGGACCAAACGAGUCGUUCAAAAUUCCCCUGAAAUCACCGGACACAAUGCGAAAUUCCAUGAUGAUGAACGGAGCCAACGCAAGCUCUAGUCACAGUCAAAUGUCGCCGCACAUGCAGCAGCAACAGCAAGUGCAGCAGCAGCAACAACAUCAACAACAACAGCAGCAACAGCAACAGCAAAAUCAUCACCUCCAGCAAAUGCAGAACGCUAUGGCUAACGUCAGUUCCACCAACCCAAAGACUCCAUCUCCGAGUACAAAUGAGCCCGCCAAAGAUUUCGCCGAAUCGAUAGACAAAACGUGCGAGGAUUCGGUUAAUGAUCUGAUGGCCACCAUUGCCAAACUAGACUCGAACGGCGUUCAGGUACUGCCAGAGGGCCACCGGGGCAAAACUACCUCGCCACAGGUGCACAGUUCCACAGAUCUCAACACCAGUGCCCUGGUAGCGGGAGCCGGUGCAGGAGUCCUGGUGGACGAUAAAAACCUUCCCAAGGAGCUCGAUCCCAACGAAGACUGGUGUGCGGUUUGCAUGGACGGAGGCGAGCUGAUGUGCUGUGAUAAGUGUCCGAAGGUUUUCCACCAAACGUGUCAUAUACCGGUCAUCGAUUCGCUGCCGGAUGAGAGCGAAACCUGGCAGUGUUUGCUCUGCUACAACUUUGCCGAUCUGCCACCGGAACCAAUGGGCGAAAAAAGGAACGUUGGCAUCUCACCGCGGGAUCUGAAGAUUCUUCAAAGGAUUCUACUGGAACUGUUCUGCCAGUACGAAACUAGCAUGCCCUUCCGGCAUCUGGAACCGGACACGAACAAGGCGUACUACGACAUCGUUUGCAGCCCGAUUACACUGACGAUGAUUCGGGAUAGACUAGAAAUGACCAACAAUGACCAUUAUGUGGAUAUCCCCUCGUUCAUUCUCGAUGUCAAGCGGCUGUUUAGCAAUGUCUAUUUAUAUUAUCAGGAGGACUCCAUCGUGUACAAGAGCGCCCAGAAGCUGGAAAAGUUCUUUGAAGACCAGCUGGCCAAAUGGUUGCCCAAGUAUCUGGAAACGGAAAGUUUUGACGAGUACAUGCUGAACCCGGCCAAACGCAUCAAGAGUCUACAGGAAGAUUAACAGUCAGCACCCAGCGGAGCCUCGAUGCAACCGCAGCAGCAACAGAUCCAGCAACAACAAUCCGACGCCUCCUCCCCCACGGUAAUCCGGCCGGUUCCACCUUUGGUGCAACCGCAGCCGGAGCCUUGUUUUUUUCCUGCCCAACGAGUGCCGCAACAGCCACCUGAAGCGACGGCCUCCCCAAAUGCCGAAGCAUUCGUUCCAGGAUCCGCUCCCGGUUGUUCCGGAUCAAGUGGCGGCGAUGGACGAGAGCAGCAGCAGCAAGACGGGAGGCCUCGUUCAAGGCAGACAAAAACGGAUCCGGAAGCUGCGAAUGGAAGUGGACUGGACCUUGCUACUGUUGCCACCAUCGCCGAAAAGCCGCAAAAAACGGAAGUCGACGGUUAAGGCGAAGGGUAAACAACAGAAAACUAGUGCUGCUCGGGUUGAAACGGGAAAGGUUCCAAAACCGGGGCGAGGACAGAAAAUAGUGAAAAAACAACAAAAAAGCGAAAGCAAAUCGACUGGGAGCUUGGAAGCUGACGACAGUAAGAAAAAACAAACUGAUGUUUGAAUGAAUAACGAAUGGGUUGAGUUUUGAUGAUAAUUGUAGCAUAAAUCAAAACCUUUUGGCCGGCGACACAGAUCGCUGUUCGCUGAGAAAAAAACAAAACUGUAAAUAGUAGGACACUAAGGACAUACUAGACUGUAGGGAUUCACAACACUGAAAUGUGUGAAGCAAAAUAAUUUGGAAACAUGCAAUCCGUAGUAUGUUCGAAUCUCACCCCGAACAAUUGAAAAUUGUUAGAUCAAAUCUAUACAUGGAAAGUCCAAAAACAAAAAAUUAAGACAAACAUAUGUAAACAGGAUCAAAAACUAUUCCUAAACAAAAGACUUUCGGAAUGUUUUUGUAUUGUCUAAAGGCUUUGAAUGCAUGCUGCAAUGUUGCAUUUUCUUUUAUUAAUUGAUUCCGUGAGCUUAUUGUGGGGAAAGCCAAAUGUUGACUCAAUAUUGUAAAUUUGUUUCAAAAGAGUGUUAAAAGUUAUUAAAAUUAACUUAAAAACUUCUUUUCAAUUAAACGCUUACUCGAUAUUUGAAGGUUUAUCUCAAUUUUACAAUCGAAGGCGUAAUUCCUUAACCGGAUAUUCUUGAGAAAGGCUUCCAUUUGUUUGAAAGAAAAUUCAACACAGCAACAUGAACUCAGACAGAAAACGCCCUGCGAUACGCAAGUUUAAUUUGAAAGUCUUACCAAUCUCUCACAGCAAAGUUGGGCAUUAUUAUGGUUUGCCCAAUACUCAACCUCCAACAUGGAAAUUAUCGUAUGUGACUUUAGUUUAAUAUAUCGAUUACUUUUUACCCUUUGUAAUGAUUAUUAUUUAUUUUAUCACUUAGCACGUAAAGCAUCAUCGCACUUUGAUUUGAUUGUAAUAUUUGAUUUUAAAUUCAACAUUUCAUAGAGCGACAACAGACGAAUAACGUCUUGUGUAUAGUGUGUGUCGGUACGUUUUGUAAAAUACAGGAAUACAUUCAAAAUCCAACUUGCAGAUUAACUAUUAGUGAGUAAGCCAAUGAGAUACAACAAACAAGAAAAAUCAAUUGAUUGAAAGAGCUGCAAAACCAUAACGCUUCCGAGCGACGACGAGAAUCACUUUGACUACGUAGUAGUAGGUAAAACUUCCCUUAUUGUCCCCCCAAAUUGACUACAUACAUAUUAUAGCUCUUAGCAUCGGUUGAUAACUUUAUAAGAAGUAGGUAGGGGGAAGUCGUCUACUACCGGACACUUAAGGUUUUCAAACAAUAACUUCAAAAAUAGAUUUUUGUAAAUAUUGGUUCCUCUACUGAUUUGAAGAGUAUCAAUAUUAUGAUCAGUUAACUAUAUUAGAAAAAAAAAAUAUUUACAACAUAUUCAUGUGGUAAGAGAAAUCAUUUAAUGUUAGUUUUUGCUCAUUUAAAAAAGUGUUGUCUAUGGCUGGACACUACGAAUUACUUCACUAAAGUUGUCACCAAUGGCCCAAAAACGUAGAAAAAUGACUGAAAUCACUUGCGCAGAUCUUGUGAGUAUGUGUUUUCCAAUACUGAACGUUCUAUGAAGCCAGUCAUAAAAGUUUUUUUGGCAAACCAGAAUAGAACAUUUGUUUCGAAAAAACUAGAGAAAAAUUCUCUAUGACCGGACAGCAAAAUCUAAAUUUUCUCAGAGGACCAAAAUAGUUUCGUUAUUGAAUCCUUAUCUUCUGCUAACCAUUUGAGGGUGCUAUAGAGAUGAAAAAAUGAAAGUUUCAAGUUGGAAUCAUCUAUAAUUUUGAAUAUUUUCUUGUCCGGUCAUAGACAACAACUGUGUGUCCGGUCAUAGACAAAUCGCAUUUUUUUAAAAUUUUCCUAUUAUUUCCUUUGAAUUUCCGUUUUGUUAUCUCAUAUCUAAUGUAGUUGAAAGAUAACCAAUCAACGAUGUCGUUCAUGUGCAGUUUAAAUUUUACAUGCCGAAAAAACUGACCACAAUACAACUGCAAAGUUUAGGCGAUCCUCUCCGUAGUACUAGGAAAAAGCUUUAGAUGCCUAUCAUUGUUUUACCUUUUCAGAUAAGAUUACCAUAUUUCUAACACCAUAUCAGGCUUCUAUUUUCUUUAUUUUCAUGGUGUUAAAACAUUAUUAGGAUAUUGUGUUUUCGAAAAAUCUAUGUUGUCCGGCCAUAGACGAUGUCCGGCCAUAGACGACUUCCCCCUACCUAUAAUCCUUAUUUCGUUAGUGUGCGAAAAGAGAAUCCUAAAACCAAGAAAAAAAAUAUACUCCUCAUAAGAAAAGCCCUCUUUUGUUCUCGAGACGCAAAACCAAUUUCCCCGUUUUUACAACCUUUAGACGAUUAGAUGUAACUGAAUUGGAAUCUUAUGAAGGUCUUUUGAACAGUGUGUAGGAGAAUGAGUUUCUAUUCUAAAAUUUUUUGAGUAUACGAGUUUGACUACCGUAAAAUGUUAAGGGUGUAUUUGGAAAAAAACGGAACCACUCUAACUGUGGUAGAUUUGUUGAAUAGCGCACGGUGGAAGCUCCCCCAAUCCCAUGACAACCGUAAGAUUAUAGGUUCAUAGUCAGCCCCCUUCUCCUUCCUAUUAUGAUUAUUAUUAUUAUUAUUAUCAUAACUACAUCAUCAUUAUUAUUAUUACGGUCGUAACAAGAAACUAGUGGAGUAUGAGUUUAGGUAUAAAAUUGAAAAGUAGUAAUACUCUCUCUGAGAUGGAAACAGAAUAAAACUGACCUUAAAACGUAAAGAAUCUA